CACCGCUGCCUCUGUCCUGAGGACCCCAGUGCCUCUCCCCCCAGCCAUGCUGCCAGCUGCCACAGCCUCCUUCCUGGGGCCCCUCCUCACUGCCUGGGCCCUGCUGCCCCUUGCCCAGGGCCAGACCCCCAACUAUACCAGACCUGUGUUCCUGUGUGGAGGGGAAAUAACUGCAGAGUCAGGUUACGUGGCAAGCGAGGGUUUCCCCAACCUCUAUCCCCCCAGUAAGGAGUGCAUCUGGACAAUAACGGUCCCUGAGGGCCAGACUGUGUCUCUCUCCUUCCGGGUCUUUGAUUUGGAGCAGCACCCCGCCUGUCGCUAUGAUGCUUUGGAGGUUUUUGCGGGGGUCGGGACGUCGGGCCAGAGGCUCGGACGUUUCUGCGGGACAUUUCGGCCAGCGCCAAUCGUCGCCCCGGGUAACCAGGUGACCCUGAGGAUGACCGCUGACGAGGGCACGGGAGGACGAGGCUUCCUGCUCUGGUACAGCGGGAGGGCCACCUCGGGCACUGAGCACCAAUUUUGCGGGGGGCGUCUGGAGAAGGCCCAGGGAACCCUGACCACGCCCAACUGGCCCGAUUCCGAUUACCCCCCGGGCAUCAGCUGUUCCUGGCACAUCAUCUCGCCACCGGACCAGGUAAUCUCGCUGACCUUCGGAAAGUUUGACCUGGAACCAGACACUUACUGCCGCUAUGACUCGGUCAGUGUAUUCAACGGAGCCCUGAGCGACGACUCGAAGAGGCUGGGGAAGUUCUGCGGGGACACAGUCCCAGGCCCCAUCUCCUCCGAAGGGAACGAGCUCCUUGUCCAGUUCGUUUCCGACCUCAGUGUCACUGCCGAUGGCUUCUCAGCCUCCUACAGGACCCUGCCUCGAGGUGCCACCGAAGCAGGGCCAGUCCACAGUUCCAGAGGAGAUGAAAAACCUGGCCCUCCACCCAGCCCCAAGCCAGCUGGGCCCAAAGUCAAGCCUGCCACCAAGCCCCAAGUCCCACCUGCAGAGAAACCAAAAGCCUCACCUGAAGCAGAGACCAGGGUGGAUCCUGACUCACCUGCCACCCCCUGCCCCAAGCAGUGCCGGAGAUCAGGCACCUUGCAGAGCAACUUCUGUGCCAGCAACCUGGUGGUGACAGGAACAGUAAAGUCCAUGGUGCGGGGCCCAGGUGAGGGCCUCACUGUCACUGUCAGUCUCCUUGGUGCUUAUAAAACUGGAAAUCUGGAGCUGCCCUCUCCACCCACUGAUAGCAUCCUGAAGUUUUACGUGCCCUGCAAGCAGUGCCCCCCGAUGAAGAAAGGAGCCAGUUAUCUAUUUAUAGGUCAGCUGGAAGAGAAUAGAGGUCCAGUUCUUCCUCCACAGAGUUUUGUGGUUCCUUACCGGCCCAACCAGGACCAGAUCCUCACCAACCUAAGCAAGAAAAGGUGCCCCUCCCAGCCCAUGAGGGCUGCAAGGUCCCGGGUCUGA